GUCUGUGAAAACCUGCGGAAGUUGGAGAUCACAGGAGUGUCCUGUCGAGAUGUUUAUGCCAAGCGUAUAAACCCACGAGUGAAGUCGGGGCGUUUUAUGAAAAUCCUUCCCGACUACGAGCACAUGGAGUACAGAGAUGUUUACACCUGCCUGCUGCACCGAUACCGACACAUCCUGGGGUUAUGGCAGCCGGACAUCGGGCCCUAUGGGGGACUGCUGAACGUGGUGGUAGAUGGUUUGUUCAUCAUCGGGUGGAUGUACUUGCCACCUCAUGACCCUCAUGUUGAUGAUCCGAUGAGGUUCAAACCUCUCUUCAGGAUUCAUCUCAUGGAGAGGAAGUGUGCAACGGUUGAGUGUAUGUAUGGUCAUAAGGGACCUCAUAACGGCCAUAUCCAGAUUGUAAAGAAGGAUGAGUUCUCCACGAAAUGCAACCAGACAGAUCACCAUCGGAUGUCUGGGGGAAGACAAGAGGAAUUCCGGACCUGGCUAAGGGAAGAGUGGGGUCGGACCCUGGAAGACAUCUUCCACGAACACAUGCAAGAGCUCAUCUUAAUGAAGUUCAUCUACACCAGCCAAUAUGAUAACUGCCUGACAUACCGACGCAUCUACCUCCCUCCUAGCAGCCCUGAUGACCUUAUAAAGCCAGGUCUCUUCAAAGGAACGUAUGGGAGCCAUGGGCUGGAGAUUGUCAUGUUGAGCUUUCAUGGGAAGAAAGCAAAGGGGACUAAAAUCACCGGAGAUCCCAACAUCCCGGCUGGGCAGCAGACUGUGGAGAUUGACCUGGCCCAUCCUCUGCAGCUGCCCGACAUCGAGAACCUUCGUGAUUUCAGUGAGCUCUCUCGCAUUGUUCUGGAGGUCCAGGAGCAGGUGCGUCGGGAAGAGCAGGAGCAGGAACACGGGCAGGAGGAAGAGGAUCCCUCCCAGCAUGCUGCGAAGCCCUUGGGAGGAGAAGGUGCUGAAGGGGAAGAGACUGCAGCAGGAGCGGAGGGGACGACCCAGGACAAGGCACCAGCUUCCCAGCCCUUCGUGCUGCCCAUGGGAGUCAUAUCGAGGAAUGAAGACUAUCCCCGGACCUGCCGAAUUUGUUAUUACGGGACGGGGCUUAUUGCUGGCCACGGCUUCACCAGCCCCGAGCGAACACCGGGUGUGUUUGUUCUCUUCGAUGACGACCGCUUCGGAUUCAUCUGGCUGGAGCUCAAGUCCUUCAGUCUCUACAGCCGGAUCAAGGUGGCCUUCCAGAACGCCGAAGCACCUUCCCGUGAGGCUUUUGAUGAAAUGCUGAAGAACAUUCAGUUUCUGGCUACUUGACGGGUAGUGAUGGACAGGGCUAGGGGUUGCAAAGGCUGCUGCAUUCCCCAGCCAGAGCUUAGAUGGGGAUUCCUUGCUCUUGGUACCUCUAAAGAAAAGCAUGCACUUUUAAUAAAGCCU